AUGGCCAAUGAGUGCACGAACGGGGCCUCGCCUGCCCGCGAUGCAGGCGAGGAGCCCAAGUUGCUACGCACGGUCUUCCAGCGCAAGAGUCCAGAGGAGCUCGCGCUGCGCCGGCAGAUGUUGGCGGAGCUGGUGCGGCAGACAGCAGAGCUCGAAGACGGUCGGCCUUGGCCACAAGGCGACCCCUCAAAGGCGCCAUUCCCGCAGACGCCCUUCCCGCGGCGUGUCACGGCAGAUGGGCCGCUGCGCUUCGCAUCGCACUUUGAGUGUGGAAACCUGCUGUCCGCCAAGCUGGCUGGUGCCAAAGGUGCAGGCCCUUCUGGGAGCCCAAGCUCGGAGCUGGAGUACGAGCUUCUCGUGGAUGCAGACACUCAAAGUGCUCAAGGGCACACACAGUGGUUUUACUUCUCCAUCAGGAACGGUGGGUUCUGUGGCAAUGUCCACUUCCGCAUCGUCAACCUGCGAAAGAAGAAGUCGCUCUACCAACAGGGCAUGCAGCCCUUCGUCUUCUCCCGGAAGCGGCCUCGCUGGGAGCCUUUCGGGUGCCAGGGUGUUAGCUACGCGCCUAGCCGCCAGAAGGACAAGGAUGGGCUGCGUGGAGAUUUCCACACGCUGCAGUGGUCCUACCGCAUUGAGCGCAAGGAGGAUGAACUCUUCUUCGCAGCCUACCCGCCGUACACCUACAGCAUGAUGCAGGGCUUCCUGUCCUGCCUGGAGCAAGAGCCCGAUGCUAGGACACAUUUUGUACGUGCUGAAUUAUGCCGCUCCAUCGGCCAGCUGCCUGUGCCGCUGGUGGCAAUCAGUCAGGGUUUGCGAGAGGACGACGAUGAGUCCAAGGCGAAAGCCAAGCCAGCCGUGGUCAUCACCGCCCGGCAGCAUCCGGGUGAGGUGGUAGGGUCAUGGGCGGUGCAGGGCUUGCUACGGUUCUUGCUGGGCCGGACGCCGGCAGCACGACGCCUGCGUGAAGCCUACCUCUUUCACGUCAUUCCCAUGGUGAAUGUGGAUGGGGUCGUGCACGGGAACUCUCGUUGUACUUUGGCUGGUGUCGAUCCGAAUCGGGUUUGGCAUGAUCCGAACCCCAUCCUUCAUCCGGUGAUCUUUGCCCUAAAGAACCAUGUGCGAAGCCUCUCACAGGGUUUGCAGCCGGCGGCCACGCACCAUGUAGGAGCUGCAGCCCGGGGUGUGGAGAUGUUUCUCGACCUCCAUGGCCACUCCGCCAAGUUUGGCUGCUUCUUCUAUGGCUCCAACCCGACGGCGCACAUCUCGAAUGCCGUGUUCCCAAAGAUGUGCAGCUUGAUCAACUCCGACCUUUGUUUCGAGCAGUGCCAUUGGCGGUGUACGCGCUCUCACCGAAAGACUGCUCGUUACGUGGUAUACAAGCAAUUUGGGGUCAAGUACGCUUACACAAUGGAGUGCUCCCUCUUUGCGGCAGUGGAUACAGGUGCCGGCUUCGCCGAGAGUCAUUUCACGCCGUCGAGGGUCGAGUUUGUCGGCUGUGCCGUUGGCUGUGGCCUUGCUCUUUUCUUCAACGUGGACCUUUGCAGCGUGGCGGGGACCUGCCCCACAGCCGACGCGGCACACAGCGCUCUGACCGAGAGCUCCAAUGCCGUCGGCGGCUGCACCUGUGAAGGGUUGCUCUUGGACCUGUCUUGCCCGCGGGUGCUUGGCCUUCGACCCUGGUUCCAGACGGAGGUCUUGGACUCGAUCACGGCAGCCGAUGUUCUCGAAGGUCUGCUGGCGGUGUACGGCGAGGUGGUGCCUGAUCUGGCAAAGCUGACCCACGGCAGCGAUGACGGAGGUGACAGCGAUGGGGAUGACGCGGACGACGAAGAGCGGCGUCCAAAGGAAGCCUCGUCGCCAACGUCGGGUGUG